AUGGGAUUGCCUCCUGACUGGAUAAUCUACCAGGAAAUUUGUGUUCAAAAGGCUACUAGUCAGUCAGUGGAGGCUGAACGGUCAAAGAUCCAAAAAUUUCUGCACAGACUCAGUCUUGUUUCAUGCGCAGUGAAACUAUUAUUCUCUCUCCUCAUAGAUUAAACAACACACGAACAAAUGUUCAGUGGAGAGACAGGAAGUAAAGUUUCAGUGAAGGAUCACAGCAUUACUAUAGACACUGCCAAAUACGGACAGAGUCCAUUCUCUGUACGGUGUCUCCCGUCCUGUCCACAAAUGCACCCAGUAUUGGGAGACACACUGAGCUGUGUGCUUCCCACCGACACAAUAGAGGCUGAACUGUGUGGGGAAAUGAGCAUGGUUACCAUGGCAACACUUGCACCCUGUAUGGAUCAGUAUUCCAACUGGCCCACUCGUCUCUCAUGCAUACGGAUAUCCUUUUCCAUGCCUUUAAUGCAACAAGCACAGACGAGUUUCCUCCAGAGUUUGGCUACUUCACUCUCCUGGGCAGAUCUCGGCCUUUCUAGAGUCUGUUGUAUGGAAGCACAAAGCAUCCAAGGAUCUCUGUGUUCUGAUGUAGAAUUCUCUCUUGAAACUGACUACAGUCAGGAAACAAGAUGUAGUUAUACUGUACAGCAGAACAUUGGGUAAGAAUGGAGCCAUGCUGUUGAACAGACUCUGACUGUCUUCAUUUUCACUCAGUACUCUGACCCUUUCCGCUCCCAGAUCUCCGACUUCAUAAGUGAUGAGGAGGUUUUCGAGAGACACUUGAAUGCAGUUCUUUGGUAUUGGCGAUCAAGUGAGUCAACAGUGACUCUACAGUCAACCCUGAAAAACACACUGAAAGAAUGUCAGCGAAGACAUGUUGCCAGGCAGAGGUUGGAUUCUGUCAUACCCAUUGUGUUGAGCUCAAUGAACAGUAUAAUUGCCAGCAGCUGCAGUGGAGAGUUUUGAAGAGCCUGUUUUGAUAGCAUGCAGGUCAAGAGCACCAGCGAAUUACGUGUCUCACUAUGACAGUCUCUUCAAAGCAUCAUGGAUGGGCGCUUUGCUCCAAGGCGCGUGUGUAGUAACGAAAAGGUGGUGGAGGCUGUUAGCUCUUAACAGAGUAGUCUUGAUGGCUGGGAGGAAGAGUUUGAAAAUCCACCACUGUCUUCUAAGAGGAUUCACUGUGACCUUCAAUACUCAAGCUUUAUCCCCAAGAAGAGACAAAGUUCAGAGAUGUUCUCUGAGAAUUCAGACACCUUCAUGAACAGUGUCUUUGAGGCAGCAAACAUCCAGAGAAAUCCCCUGUCCCCAAAACAGCUUCCUCAAAGUCAGCAAACCAGAACGAUCACGGACAAACUCUCAGCACUGAACCUGGCUAAACUGAAAAAUGAACAGGUGGAGAAGCAGUGGCUUCAAGAGCUUGAAAACUUUUCUGAAUGGGACUGA